UUGUUGACAUUUGUUUGUGAAAGACAAAAACAGUGGGACACACACAGGAGCGUGUAUUUUUGGAAACCGACUAACGGACCUCGGGGUAGACUGAAGACCUCCGUGUCGUGAUUAAAACACGCCGUACGUUUUAUACGAACCCUGGCUCUAGACUAGACUCGAAGCAAAGACGAAAGAAGAUCAAGAGCAGCAGAUGGACGGACCAAGUCGGGAACAAAACAAACCGUUGUCACCCUGACUACACGAGUGGCUGAAUCAUUCACAGGCUAGCCAGCCAUCACACAGUUGGCUUAGGUACUUAGCUUACAUGCAGGUAUAUUGAAUUUAUUAGUUAUCUACCGAAUAUUUGUCUAGUUAAUUUUAAACUGCAUCCCUGUAUUUUACUUGUUAUCAUGGUAGUGUAGAGUUACACAAGCGCCGUCCGUCAGACUAGCAAGUUAGCAAGCUAAUGUUAGCUGUAGCUAACAUUACCCUCACUUGAACUGCUUGAGCUAGCUACAGUAUGUAGUUGAGCUUGCGAGGCUGCAUUCGUUUCAGACAGUGUUUACUACAAGCAGCUCGUCAGUUGGGAGUGACCUUAAGAAUGUGAAGCACAAUGGCCAACUUUGAAGCUUAUCAGGAGUACCAGAGAAUUGAGGAUAUUGAGGAGGACUCGCCACCAGGGGAGGAGGAUUUACUGGUGCAUGUGCCUGAAGGCCUGAAAGAUUCAUGGCACCAUAUCAAGAACCUGGAUAAUUUCUUCACAAGGAUCUAUCAUUUUCAUCAGAAGAAUGGCUUUGCUUGUAUGAUGCUGUCAGAGUUCUUUGAACUUGUUCAGUUUUUGUUUGUUGUCACAUUCACAACGUUCCUUGUCAACUGUGUGGAGUACGAUGUCCUGUUUGCCAAUCGAGCAGUCAACCACACCGGGCCAGGCCAGAAUCCCUUGGACAGGAACAAAGUCACUCUCCCAGAUGCCAUCCUACCCAGCCAGCAGUGCACUGAGAGGAUUCAAGAGAACAGCUGGAUCAUAUUUCUUCUCAUCAUGGCAGCCAUCUUCUGGAUCUAUCGACUUGUUAAAGUCUUUUGCAAUGUUCUGAGCUACUGGGAGAUCAGGCAGUUCUACAUCAAAGCUCUGAAGAUCAGAAUGGACGAACUAUGCAACUUCACAUGGCAAGAAGUCCAGGACCGGCUCAUCAGCCUACAACGGGAACAGCAAAUGUGCAUACACAAGAAGGAGCUGACAGAACUUGACAUCUAUCACCGCAUCCUUCGAUUCAAGAACUACAUGGUGGCCAUGAUAAACAAAUCACUGCUGCCAGUGCAGCUGCAGCUCCCCCUGCUGGGCAAUGUGGUGUUCCUCACCCAGGGCCUCAAGUACAACUUUGAGCUCAUCCUCUUCUGGGGUCCCGGCUCUCUGUUUCAGAAUAAGUGGAACCUGCACCCCAAGUACAAGCGGAAUGGAAACCGCCUAGAGCUAGCCCAGCAGCUUAGCAGAGUCAUCCUGCUGAUGGGUUUGGCCAAUUUGCUGCUCUGCCCCUUCAUCCUGGUGUGGCAGGUGCUUUAUGCUUUCUUCAGCUAUACUGAAAUAAUCCGAAGAGAACCCGGAAACCUGGGUGCACGGCGCUGGUCCCUGUAUGGUCGCCUGUACCUGCGUCACUUCAAUGAGCUGGACCAUGAGCUGCAUGGACGUCUAGGUCGUGGCUACAAACCCACUACCAAAUAUAUGAACUCCUUUACAUCACCACUGCUGACUGUGCUCGCAAAGAAUAUAGCCUUCUUCUCAGGCUCAGUGUUGGCUGUUCUCAUUGCGCUGACAGUUUAUGAUGAGGACGUCCUGACAGUGCAGCACAUUCUUACUGCUAUCACUGUGCUGGGGGUGGUUAUUACGAUCGCCAGGUCCUUCAUCCCGGAUGAGCAUAUGGUGUGGUGUCCAGAGCAGCUGCUGCAGUGCAUGCUGGCACACAUUCACUACAUGCCAGACCACUGGAGGGGCAGUGCUAACAAGAGCGAGACCCGUGACGAGGUGGCGCAGCUGUUUCAAUACAAAGCGGUGUUUAUUUUAGAGGAGCUGCUCAGUCCUAUCGUCACACCCUUCAUUCUCAUUUUCCAUCUGAGGAACAAAUCUUUGGAGAUCAUUGACUUCUUCAGGAACUUUACUGUGGAGGUGGUUGGAGUUGGAGACAUCUGUUCCUUUGCGCAGAUGGAUAUCAGACGCCAUGGAAACCCAACAUGGAUGUCUGAGGGUCAGACAGAGGCCUCUGUGUACCAACAGGCUGAAAAUGGCAAGACAGAACUGUCCCUCAUGCAUUUCACCAUUAAGAACCCACACUGGCAGCCGCCACAGGAGAGCUCAGUAUUUAUCAGCCAUCUGAAGGAGAAAGUACAGCAUGAUGCACAGGGUGGCCCCUCUCCCCAGUUGCUGCUUUCUGAGGCUCCUCUCUGCACCUCACUGCAAUCCAAUGAGUCUGCCACUGGGCCUGAUAAUCUGUUGGCCAGCGUCCUGGCCCACCCUAUUCUAACUGCAUCUGGACUACAAGGGCGAGACCAUCACUUCAUCCCACCAAGCACCGCUGCAUCUGCUGCUGCCAGCGUCCUGGCUUCUUUGUCCACUUCCCAGCUCGCACAUACUGGCCGCAGCCGUGCACAGGGCCUGCUGCCGUCCUCCGUCCACCCCGAGAGCACCAUGUACCGCAGCGAUCGUACCAUCAUUGACAGUAUGUCUAACAGUGACUCACGCAUCCGGAGCAAUGCGCUGCAUUCAGAGUUCGCCUCCGCCGAGAUGAGCCUCCAUGCCAUCUACAUGCAUGAGCUCCAUCAGCAGAGCUCUCACCCACAGAGAACUUCAGGGCAGUGGCAGAGUGCAGUGCCAAUGAGAGACCUGCACACAAACACUGGCUUCCAGGCACAUGGUGGCCUUGGUUCCAGCAUGUCCAUGCCCACCACAGUCCACCUUGGUGGCUGGCAAGAAGAGGAGGAGGAGGAGAAUGAAGAUGAUCAGGAGAUUAACAGUGGAUCUACUCCAAAGCAGGGCACCAGGAGUAGCUGUUGAAGUGCCUUAUGUCAUAAGUGUUUACAUUUUAUUUUCUUCGAUGAACAUUGUGGCCUUAGAUGAUCGUCAUGGAGAAUUUAGCAUGGACCUUUAAAACUUCAUUCAGCAUUUGUUGUGGGAGGGACUCAUUGAAUAACCACUGUCUCUGCACCUAUGCGCCUCAUCCUGUCACACCAGGCAGACUAUGGCAUCAGGGAAACCAUACGUCUUCCGUCCGUUUCUUCAUGAUCUUUGCAUAAACUUGUACAAACAAACUACAUAUAAAGUACACGUGACAGAGACACAAUAUAGUUGUAUUCAUAGGAUCAGUGUGUGAUGGUGGGUGUGAGCAGUUUUAUUGUGGAAUGCAAAAAGGCUCAUCACAACUUCUCAGCCUCUGUGCGCACAAUCCAAGUAUCUGUGCAUCACAAGGUUUUACAGUGUGAGUCUAAUGGAAGAUUUCACUGAAUGGUGUCUUCUGUGCUACAAAGACUGCAAGCUGCAUCUUAGCUGCCUGAACAAUUUUGAUCAUCUAAAAAAAAAAAAAAAGAAUUAAUUCAGUAUUUCAAGUUGUGCUGUUUUACCCUGGUGAUUUGUAAAUACACUUUUGCGUCUUACUUAUCCUUUAAAAGUCCACAUUUUUACUACCAGAUCUAAUCGUCGGAAAAGAUACCAAGUAUUGCUAUGAGAAAGAGCUGACUGUACAGUAGCCGUAAUACUAAAAUGCCAUGUGUACCUGGCAAAAGCCUGUUGGGUCUUUAAACUAGGCAUACACAUGCUUUGAUGCUGCUGUCUGUGUUUAGUUGUCCUAAAUACAGAUUGUGUUCAGUGUUAAUAUUUAUACAGCCAAUCUAUCAAGAUGUUGCUUUUACUCAAACACAGGACUGAACUUUGGGCACCAAGUACACUUGGCAUUAAAAUCUCAAUGCAGAUAAGAAGAUGUCUUUUUAAUUCUCUUUAGGCUGAACGUCAGCUUAAUGCCUUAACACCCAUAUAAACAUAUGUAUUUAAAUCUUAGUUUUCCGAAUUACCUCAGUGGUGGUGAAGAAAAACUAAUACUCCAAUCAAUACCUCUGCAGUGUAUUUACUCUUGUGUAAAUAUAUAUAUAAACAUAUGGGUUUUUUUUUGCAGUGUACAGAUGCAUCUUUUAACUGCAUUUUGAUUUUAAUGGCAGGUGUAAGAGGAACCCCUUUCAUUUUCUGUUAGUAUUUCUUGUCCAACAUAUGUUUUGAGUCAGAUGUCUCAGAAAUGAUGGGGAAGAUUUUUUUUUUUAUUAACAAAACAGGGUGAUAUUACUUUUACAAAUCUUUCACAAAAGCUCACAUAUAAAUAGAUCUUCAUCAUAAAAGCUGAUAUAUAUAUAUAUAUCAGAGGCUGCUGCCUCUGCAGCGUUAGGUUUGGAGAUUUUAGAACAGGGACAGUUCCUCUCGGGCUUUCAAAGUAAGAGCAUGGGGAGAAAAUAAAGCUUUUCCACAGUCAGCAUCAUUUGUUAGCUUUAAGAGUAUUUAUUACCUGUUUCCCCCUGGAUAUUUAAUUGAUGUAUAUGUAUUAUUUAUUUGAAGAAAAUAUUUAGACUGUUUUGUCACUUUCACAAAAUCUUAUAAUCUUAUUAAUGAAAAGAAAUGGCAUGUACCCCCAAUCACUAAAAGUAGUUUCAAAAAACAAAUUUUGCUUUUGAACUUCUGAUAAAAAGGUUUUAUUAGUGCAACGAUAACAUGCCCAGCUGCAUGAUGCGAAUGUGAUUUAAACGUAAAAUAAACUUGGAUUAAAUCUGCUUGUUGCUAUAGUGCGUAAAAGAAAAAUCACUACCCAUUUUUAUUGUAUUCUUCAAAAAAAAUCACUACCCAUUUUUAUUGUAUUCUUCAAAGAUCUCAUCCUCCACUCCUGCAAAACUUUAGAGGGUACAGAUACGUCUUUGCCGACACUGCUUAGAAACUGUUCCACUUUCUUUUUGAGUAUGUGUGUAUCUGUGGGAGAAAUUCAUUUAGACACCUGCGUUAUUAUGCUAACACAAACUAAGAAUUUUGCACUGAAAAAAAAACAUUUUUAAAAUGUGUGUGUAUAUAUACAAAUGUAUCAGUUAAGAAAGGGCAGGUCUCAAAAGGGACGCUGAGUCAGUCUCCAUCCUUAAAUGACCUCUUCUUAUUGUUUGUAUAUUAGCAUCAGCACGUAUUGUAAUGUCAUUGUCCACAGCAGACCACUUGGAAACACUGUGGCCAAUCACAUAAGGUCAUUCUUACCUCUGGUCAGUAAAAAAAAAAAAAGAAGUUUGCCCUGUAGGGGAUGACUUGUGUGUUUCUGUCACACUCUAUGCUUACAUGGGUAUCGUGGUGACUGUUUAUUUGUGGUACAUCUUACAAAUGCAGUGAGUUUCUGUUGCAGAGACACUGGAGCUCAGCUUUGUGCUAAGAGUUGAUUUCUUUUGGCGGUCUCCACAUUUGUACCUCACUGUUGCGUUUGUCAUUUUAUUUUCAGCAGUGCCUUAGUGUUAAGGACUAGUAUUCGCUCUCUUUAGAAGCCAUUUCAUGUAAACCAUCAGAUUUGCUUUCACAGAUUUAGCAGCACAUACUAUGUACAGUAUUUUAGUUUUUGCAAGUCAUCAUGUAUAGCAUCGAGUAUGUAGUGAAAUUGUGGAUGUGGCUUGUAAGAUGAGAUCUUGAGAUCUUGUGUCAGUCUGUUGCACCUGACAGUGCACUUCUUCUCAUCAUGGUGUCUAAACUAGCACUGUCUUGAAAAUUCUAAAGAAGCAGGAGUAUGCCUUGUAAUUGGCAGUGUCAUCAUGGCCAACCCUCUCAUCAUACUAUGGUUUCUUAUCCACUAUACACCAGUCUAAAAAUCACAGUGACUGGAACAAGGUGCUAAGUUUUCAUCCUGAAAUAUUGAAUAUGUUUUAAGACUUUUUUUUUUUGGUACAUUGGUUUGUCUGUCUGUUUUGUUCUGUAAAUUAAGAAACACUAGCUGAAAAAUGAAACAUGCCAAAAGAACCUGUUUUCAGCACAGCUUUACAAGACAUAUUGUUUUCUGUGAGUGAGUAGAGAGGCAAAUUUUGAGUGUAUUUAAUCAUUUCAUGUGUGGUUGACUAUGUGACGUUUAUUUGAAAUAAAAAUAUAUUUUAAUUUUC